AUCAAAAUGUCACAUAGUCCAAACACAAACAAAACAAAAUAUGUUUUUUUGAGCUAAGAUUUCGAUUUUUCUAAUGUUUUAAUUAUCUGUAAUUAAUUAUGAAUGUCAUUUAUUGCAGCAUUUGUCUAAACAGUACAUCCUGCAUUACUCGUUUUGGGGAUUUAGAUGAUAAUAACAUAAACUGGUUAGCAAAAUUAAAAUCAAUUGUACCAGAUUUGCAAGACGAAUCUGAAGAUAAUUUAAUUUGUGGUACAUGUACAGAUCAGUUAGAUAAUUUUUUAAUAUUUAAAAAAAGAAUACACAAUCUUGUUGAACGACUCAAACAAACAGAAACAAAACAGGAAGAAGAUACAUUUUUUGAAGAAAAGUUCUAUUCAGAAAAUCCAAGUCCAGUAACUGUUAAUGAAGACAGUAAUGAUAGCAAAACAUCAAAAAAAGUCCUAGAUUCUUUAAAUUAUGUUCAAAAGGAAUCAUCUAUAAAGACUUCAAGAGAUGAUCUUUUCACUUGUAUAAAAUGUAAUGAAGACUUUAAUAGCAAGAAAGAGUUAAAUCUACACAAAAAAGUAUGUAAACAAGUUUAUAGCUGCUAUACCUGCAAGAAAACAUAUAAUUCAAAAGCAGCUUUGAAAAUACACCACAAAAAGUGUUGUUUUGGUGAAAAUGAAGAUCAGAAACCUAAGAAAAAGGGCCGGAAGUCCAAUAGAAGUUACAGUUGUGAAACUUGUGAUCAGAUAUUUAAUUUGGUUAAGGAUUUAAUGGCACAUUGUAAAUCAAUUCAUGGUAUAGAAGAAAGAUCAGUUAAACCCUAUUCUUGUACUCAGUGUACUCAAAGAUUUAGGACAUAUGCAGGCUAUGACCAACACAUAAAAUAUCACAGCAGAAGUAGAGAUAACGUGUGCAGUUUAUGCGGCAAGCGCUUCAUCACCAAAAGCGAACUUAUAGUCCACGAAUACACCCAUUUCAAUAGGCGCAACUACAAAUGCGUUCUGUGCGGCAAAGCCUUCAACACCAACAAAAAUCUCAAAACUCACAUAUUGGUCGUCCACACUGAUAGAUCUGCAUGGAAAUUCUCCUGCAAUGUAUGUGAAAAGAGGUUUCCACAAAAAGGAAACUACGACCAACACAUGAAAAGACACGCCGGGGAUAAGCAGCACAUCUGUCAUAUUUGUCAAAAACCAUUUAUUACCAGCAGCGAGUUAAAACGUCACGUGAAUUUGCAUUCAAAUGUCAAAGCUUUUACUUGUGAAUACUGUCAAAGAGAAUACAAAACGCAACGUACGUUAAAAACACAUUUGCGCAGAUCGCACGAAAUCGGCGAUAAACUACCGGAAAAGGAAAAAAGAUUCGUUUGCCAUAUUUGCCCUAGUCAGUUUUACGAUAAACAAAAAUUACUCAGACACUUAUACUGUCAUUCAGGCGUCAAACCUUUUCAGUGUACAGCUUGCGAGAAAAAAUUCGCAGAUAAAUCUUACUUAAAACAUCAUAUGAAAGUUAUGCAUAAUUUGGUAAUGACUGAAGAUGUAAAGUAUGACAAUAUUAGCGAGCUGAAGUAUGACAGUACUGAGUUGAAAUAUGAUAGUACGAGUGAAUUGAAGUAUGAGGUUCCUGAACAUCUCAAAUUUGAGUUUGGUGGCGUUAAGUAACAAUAUAAUCAUGUAUAAUUUUCUCAUUAUGUAAAUUUUAAAAUUGUAUAUAUUUGUAGGAUUUUAAAGUGUAUUUAGCUUUUAUUUAUUAUUUUUUACCAUUGUCGAUUUUAUCAGAUACUCUUACACAGUGAGUAAUACUGUUGAAGAAUUUAUUUUAAGUGAAUCAAGAAGAUUCUAUCUUCACCAAAUCAGCAUCCAGUUUAAUGUUUUAGGAAAGUGAUUAAAAUGAUUAGAAACUUGUAAAUAGUUUGUUUUUUUUUUCACUUUUAUGUGUAAAUAAGAAGUUACCAUGGAAUAUGUACAAAACGGAACAGACUUCCUGGAUGUUUCAUUAACAUUCUUUUAUCUUGAUUUUUAUAGAUUAACUUUUAUUAAUUUUGAUGAAUAAAGUAUAAUUUACAAUUUCAAAUAUAUUGAGUAUGGUCUAUCUAAUCAAAAAGUGUUUAUAAAAGGUUUGUUCCAACAACGAUCUUAGAACAAUAUAUAAACCAGUCCGCGACUUAUUAUUGACAAUCUGUCGACAACUAGUAAUUGACGACCAGUCCGAGGAUUGGGACUCAACUCGGUUAUGUUGGAACACAUUUGUAAUAAAUUCAACAGACGCACUAUUACAAUGAUAAACCACAAAAUAAAAUAAAUGAUAAUGAAAAAAAAUUAAGACUAAACUCGAUGUACAAACACAUAUAAGAGCUGUUAGAGACGAUAAAAAUAAUAUAAUAAUUACAAUCACGAAAUUUUCAGGUUAUUGCGGCUUUGCGCAUGUCUUGAUAAUUCGUUCCUAUCAGACCCAGGAACUGAUCAGGCAGUACACAAAUCGGUUUGUGAUUAGUUUUGGUUGUGUUGGAAUACUAUGUUUUUGUACACGAAUCCUCCCUAGACAGCGCAGAAUCCCGACAGUAUUCAAACUGAUUUGGUUUAUGUUGGAACAAACCUAAAGAGUGAUCCACAAAAAAAUGUAUCUAAAGUAGGCCAUGACCGACAAAUACAGAUAUAUGAGUCAUCUCGAUGAUAACUACGGACACCUCUUAAUUUUUCCAAGGCCUAAUUUAGAAACAUUUUGAGUGGGUCACACAAUAUGAAUUAAAGAUAGAAAUUAUUUAUGACAUUUUUUUCAUAUCUUCAUUGCGAACUAAAAUACUUAAAAAAUUUAAAUUUUACACAAUCAUGUACAGGACAGAAAAGAAAAAGUCCUACUAUACUCAAAAUCUAAUCGGCCUACCGCACUAUGGAUUAAAGUUUAAGUUCAAAAUUGAGUUUUUUUCGUUUGGAUACAGACAGACAUCAUCACGAAAAUAGCACCGGCACACAAAAAAAAAUCUGUGUCCAACACAUGACUUUCCUAUCUAGUUAUUACAGGCUUUUUCCGGUUAUUUUGUAUAACCUAUUGCAGCAUCUCUAUAAAUGUUUAGAGGAUAAACUAAAUAUAUACAUUGUCCAUAUACAUCUACCG